UUGAGGCAAUCUGAUAGGAAACAUUCAAUUGUGUAAAAGAUAAGACCAGCAACCAAAAUCAGCAAAGUUUACCUGAAUGGAGAAAAUUUGAAGUCGUAUCAAAAGAAGUUAACUUUUUAAAAAGAAACAAAUCUAGCAUUGAUAGUUGCCAUCUUUAGGGAAGCUUACUUUAGGAAAUGCACUGGGAAGCUUUGAAAAAGGACAAACACGCAGUUUAAAGACAUGGGAGCAAAGCAAUCGAAAGACUUUGCCAAAGAGGAGCUAAAGAAACAAGUUAUAAAGAAAGGCAAAACUCCUCCCAAAGAAGAUGGAUUGUCAUCCGCUGAUAGAAUAAGAAAGUAUGCCACCAGCCAUUUUGGGUUCAACAUUCUUAGCUUGACCAUGAGAGGAAUGUCAGAAAUCCCUGAGCCGUUGUGGGAGCUGACUGAAGUGGAGAAGCUCAAUCUGUCACUAAACUGCCUCACCAUUCUCCCUCCUGCAGUGGGGGUGCUGGAAAACCUAGUGAUUCUAAACCUGUGGGGGAACCAGCUGACCAGCUUGCCUGUGGAGAUUGGCCUGCUGAAAAACCUACGGGUGUUGUUCGCCUACAAGAACCUCCUGACCGAGGUUCCAGAGGAGCUGACUGACUGCAGAAAGUUGGAGGUUCUCAGUCUGGCUAACAAUCUAAUCACUGGCCUCCCCAUCUGCUUCAUGGAUAUGGUCAGCUUGAAGAAGCUGAAUCUGAGCCACAACCGCAUUGCUCACAUCCCUGCCUGCGUCUACGGGAUGAAGAACCUGGUCUUUUUGCACCUUGCCCAUAACAAGCUGGAAAACAUAGCAGAUAAGAUCCAGCAUCUGGAAAACCUAAAAAUCCUAAUAGUCGAGGGCAACUGCAUUCACUCUUUACCAAAAACCCUGUGCUUUCUAACCUCCUUGGAGUUGCUUAAUGUAGAUUUUAAUGACAUUCAGCAGGUCCCUGUGGAACUGUGUCAGCUGAGGCGAUUGAAGAAGCUUGCUUGCCAUCCUCUGGACAAAGGGCUUCACAUCGUCCAUAACCCACUUUUUAAACCACUGGCCGAAGCUCUAGAUGGGGGACUUAAUGCCCUGUUUAAUUAUCUUAAAUUAUUGCAAUAUAAAUAA